AUGAAUAGUAAAAAUUAGAAGCAAAUUUCAUCUAUUUUAAAUUUAAUCAACUCUUUUGAAUUUAUUCAACCUAAACUGAAUCAAAUAGCAGAUUUUAGUUCAGGUAUUGCUCUAUAAUAAAUUUUAUAUCACAUGUAUGUGCAAUUAUCAUAAUUAAGUUUUGAAAUUGAAAUUUAAUUGGAAUAGAGCGAAAAUUGGGAAAUGUAAAUGAAAGUAAUGAAGGAGUUAUGGAGUGCAUUUGAAAGCAAACUAAAACUUUAAUAAAAGCCAAAUUUUCUUUAAAUUGUAAAAAAUAGAAAUGAGUAGUGUAUUUUAGAGAUGAUGGUAAGUCUUAUUCAAGGACUUACAAAUUCUACAUAUUCAAGUGAAUUAGUAACUCCUAUGAUGUAAUUGGAUUAAGAAACUUAAAUGGUUCUAUUAAAAAUAAUUCAAGAAGAAUAAUCCUCAAUCUCAUAAGAUCAAGAAUCGAAGAUAUCUGAUGAUGUAUUAAGGAAAUUUGAAGAAUUAGAGUAUGAAAAUUAGCAAUUGAAUUAAGAAUUAAUACUUUUUAAAGAAUAAUAUGAAAUGGAGAAAAAAAAGAUGCAAGAUGAUAUUGAAGUUGUACAAGCAGAUUUAGAAUUACGAUAGAGAACAAUAAAUUCAUUGAAUGACGAUUUAAAUCAAAUUUAUGAAGUUACAUAAACAAAUUCCGUUAGUGAAGUUUGUGAGUAUAUUCAUAAUAGAAUUGAUGAUAUCAAAGGGAUGUAAUAAAUUAUUGAAACUUUAAAAAACGAUUAAUAAUAAGAAAAAGAUGUUCAUGAAGAGAUAGUAAGAGAUUUGAGAAAUAAAUUGGAAGCAGGAUAUAGAAAAUAUACCUAAAUGCAAAAAUUAGAAAAAUAUUGUGAAUAACUUAAAACUCAGCUGUCUGAAUCUCUACAAGAAUAAACUAAAAAUAAGGAAAAUUUGAAAUAGAACUCAAAAUUGAAAGAAGAAAACAUUGAAUUGAAUAAUAAAGUCACUUAGUUAUAAUAAAAAUUAGAUUAGUAAAAGUAAUUAUAAAAAUAAAAUUAAAAAAUCUAAAGCUAAUAAGAAUUUGAUAUUUCCAAAGCCAGAUCAGAGAAUGAAUCUUUGUGUAGAUAAUUGAAAUUAAGAGAAUAGGAAAUAUUCAGAUUGAAAUAAGAAAUCAUAGAUCUUGAACACAAUAUCCACAAUAAAACAGAAUAAUCUUAAUUGGAAAAUAGUUCAGCUAUGUUAAUUUCCUUAAAUGAUGGGGAAGAAAGAAGAAAUUUCAGUGGAAUUUUCACUCAAAAAAGGAAUCUUGGAUUGGAAUUGUCUUAAUUAAUAACUAAAUCUAAUUAUUUAAUAGAAGGAGAUCAAAAAUUGAAAUUGGAUGUACACACAUAAACUAAUGAAAAAUAUGAGUGUUCCAAUUCUAUUAAGAAAUAGGAUUCAAGUUUUGACGAAGAAAUUUUGUCAUCUUAAGUAUCUUUCUGGAAAACUUAAUGUUCUGACUUACUGGCGGAGAGAGCAUUAUACGAAGAGAAAUAAAACGAAUUACAGAAAGAAAUGAAGGAAUUAUAAAUUAAAUUAGAAUAGUUCUUUGUUGAAUAACAUAAAUAUGAAUAAGAAUUAUAGGAAGCAAAAGAUAAAGUGUUGAAUUUGAUUGAAGAUAAUAAUGUAAUCAGAAGCUAGUUUGAGUAAUCUUUACAAAAAAUAGCUUUGUAAGAUAAAUAACUUGCGGAAUUUCCAUUAAUUAAAGAGUAAUUGGAAGAAACCAUAUAUAAGUUAGAAAAAACAGAGGAAUAAGUUAAAAGUAAGAAGAAAAAGAAGGUGCACGCAAGUCAAUCAUCAUUAAUGAAUAAAUAAUUAGAAAUAACUAAAAGAGCUUAUGAAGAACUUCUGUAGAUUAAACAAGAAGAAUUAUAGUUGUUGACUGCAUCAAUUGAAGACAUAAUCAUUAAUAAUAAAGCUUUCUAAAUCUUGUGA